UGACAAACUGAUGAGGCUCCGCGAUUAAACGUCACUGAGAGCGGAAGCCCGGCUGUCACAUGCUUGUCGGUCCGCCUCCCCCGUCCUCAGUCGGAGUCUGGACGCCGAGCAGAGAGCAUGUCUGGGUGCGACCGAGUGAUCUUUGAGGCGACUAGGCUGCUGUGCGCCGCCGGAGGAGCUCUGCGGCUCCCGCAGCUAUACGAGGAGCUGCGGCGACUCUGUCGUGUCUCCGAGGAGCUCCUCUGCAAGCUGGUCUAUGGGCAUCCCCGCUUCCUGCUGGUCCGCGGGCCGGAGACGGAUGGCUGGCUACGCCCCGAGGACUGCACGGUGCUGGCGCAGACGUCACUGCGCGUGUGCGUGAGCCACCGGCUCGGGGAGCCGUGCGCAGACUGUGACCAACUGCACCUUUGCAGAUUCUACAUCUACGGAACCUGCAAGUUCGGCAAGGGCAG